UUAAACACUCGUACGCACUAGUGUUUCCAUCGUCAAUCGAGGAGGAAAUUAGAAAAUUACAUUCGGUCGUACUAAUUUUAUUAAUGAAAGUAAUCAGUAAAUUAAUAGACAAAUCAAACGCAAAAGAAGCGGUACGACAUAUGAGAUAACGGAUGCGAUAGUACCCGAUAUAAAAGCUAGAAGAUCUAGAACAUUAAAAAAAUGUUGGACAUCAUCACACUAAUCAUGGUAGCAAUAUCCCUCUUGCUUUUCGGCUACAGACCACCCUGGUGUACCAAAAAAUUCAUCGACUUCAAAUUUAAAGAAGUCCACGACAUACCAGGUCCACCAGCACUACCAAUUCUAGGUACCAGCUGGUUGUUCCUAGUUGGAAGGUACCAAAUCUCCAAACUGCACGAGUACUACAAGGAAAUGAGGGAUAAAUAUGGACCGAUUGUUAAGGAAGAAGCUUUGUUUAAUGUUCCUGUGCUUAGUGUGUAUUCCAAGGCUGAUUUGGAGAAGGUGUUUAAGAGUACUGGAAAGUACCCAAUGAGGCCUCCUACUGAGGCGAUUGCGAAGUAUCGUCGUGAUCAUCCGGAGAGGUAUGCUAGCGGAGGAUUGAUCAAUGAACAAGGUGAAAAAUGGCACUACCUCAGAACUUCUCUAACCACAGCUUUGACCAGUCCAAAAACCAUUCAAAACUUCCUACCGGAAGUGGAGGCCAUAGCGGACGACUGGUGUCACCUUCUAGAAACUAAACGAGAUCCAAAUGGACGCAUUUCGAACUUAGAAGAGUUAGCAGGGAAGUUGGGGUUGGAAGUCACCUGUACGCUAGUUCUAGGUAGACGAAUGGGGUUCCUCAUCGAUGACCAAGUGUGUCCCACUGCCCAGAAGCUGUCAGACACUGUCAAGAGUAACUUUGCUGCGUGCAGGGACACAUACUUUGGACUACCUUUUUGGAGAUGGGUACCAACUAAGUCCUAUAAAAGACUGUGCGAUAGUGAGAAGGCUAUUUAUGAACUAGCCUCAGAACUGAUCAGAACUGCGGAUGAAUCUACUAGAGAAAGUGCAGUAUUUCAGUCAGUACUGAAAGCUAACAUAGACGAACGAGAAAAAAAGUCAGCAAUAGUAGAUUUCCUAGCUGCCGGAAUACACACAUUGAAAAACAGCUUACUGUUUCUACUCUAUCAAGUAGCUCUAUCUCCAGAAUCCCAGGAGAAGAUUAUAACAGACGAUACAAAUACCUUCUCAAAGGCAUGUUCCAUGGAGACGUUCCGUAUAUCACCGACAGCUCAUUGUGUAGCUCGAAUUACUGAGUGUGAUUUGGAACUAUCUGGGUACCAUGUGCCAGCUGGAAGUGUGGUUCUGUGCCAGACAGCACUGGCUUGCAAGAACGAUGAUUAUUUCAAAGAAGCCAAAAAGUUUAGGCCAGAAAGGUGGUUAGAUGAUGAGAAAAAUGAGACUGCGGCAAAUGCCACAUACUUGGUCACUCCCUUCGGCUACGGAAGAAGGAUAUGUCCAGGGAAACGCUACAUAGAGCAAAUCCUACCAAUAUUCCUCGAAAAAGUUGUAAAAAAGUUCAAAAUUCACGUAGACGAACCUAUGGAAGAGGAGUUCGAGUUUUUGUUGUCGCCCAAGGGCAAUGUUUCUAUGUAUUUUAACAACAGACUGUAAAUUUUAUGUAUUAUAUUUGUUCCCAAAUGACUAUAAAUAUAGUUUGAAGUAAAUAAGCAUAUAAAGCUUACAUAAGCAAGAAUUUUGAAAAAGAUCCACUUCAAUUGUUGGGUAGUUAUAAAGUUUUAAUUUAAUUUAAAAUUUUAUUUAUGUAAAUAUGUUUUUAUUUUAGUGAUAAGAUUGUUUAUUAUAUAUUAUUAAAUUUAAUAAAACUAUUUCUAUUUU